GCUGGAGAGUAUGCAAUUUCUAAUUUUCCUUUAUAAAGCCGCCGUUUAUAUUGUUCAUGAUGCGUUCAUGAACCUGCUGCAGCCCAAGUGGGUUCUUCGCAAAAACUGAGCUAGAGCAGGAGCGGUGGUAAUGGGAAGCAUCUGCCCGGUCGAUGUACAGUUCAAAGGCCAAAUUUCGGCUCUUCUCAACCCUCCAUCACCUCGCCAAGUCCAGGAAUAUUUCGAUCAUCUUGUAAGCACACGGCCACACUGUGGAAUUAGAGUAAAACCCGACGCGAAGUUUGAAAAAGGUGUCUAUGCUGACUUGGACUUUGGAGAGGGAGAUCUUCUUUUGAAAGACCAAAUGCUUGUGGGUGCUCAACAUUCUUCAAACAAGAUUGAAUGUCUAGUGUGUAGCUUUUGCUUCCGUUUUAUUGGCUCUAUAGAGCUUCAAAUUGGGAGGAAACUCUAUUUCCAAGAAUUAGGUACUUCAGUGGAUAGUGAAAGUGAAUGUGAUAGAAAGAUCAUCUCGCACAUUUCAGAUGAUUGUUUCCAAACUGAAUUACCCACCAGUGAAGACAAUUUUUGCAUGAAGGAUCAUGAAAACUGGGGAGAAUGUGCUUCCAGCACUUCCAGAGAUAAGACUCCUCUCCCCAAAGAGAUUGUUAAGUCAUUAAUGAAUGGUGAAAUAGUAUUACCACACUCCAAACAGUUUUCCUUACCUUCUGUUGUAUCAUGUCCUGGUGGAUGCAGAGAAGCUUACUACUGCAGCAAAUCAUGUGCAGAGCUUGAUUGGAAUAUGUUUCAUUCUUUACUUUGUAUGGGGGAGAAAUCAGAAUCACUGUGCAGGGAGGCACUGAUAAAAUUCAUACAACAUGCCAACGAAACAAAUGAUAUUUUCCUUGUGGCUGCAAAGGCAAUUUCCUUUACUAUUUUAAAAUACAGGAAGCUAAAAGCUACUAGUCUCAAAGAACAAGAGAACUAUGCCAUGCCCAAUGAUUUGGACAAUUCCAAUAUGUCUUUGCUUUUGGAGGCAUGGAAGCCUGUAUCAAUGGGAUACAAAAGAAGGUGGUGGGAUUGCAUUGCGUUGCCAGAUGAUGUUGGCAAUUGUGACUCGGUUGCAUUCAGGAUGCAAAUAAGGGAGCUGGCAUUCACGUCCCUGCAGCUACUUAAGGCGGCCAUCUUUGACAAGGAAUGUGAGCCAUUGUUCUCCCUUGAAAUUUAUGGUCACAUUAUUGGCAUGUUUGAGCUAAAUAAUCUCGAUUUGGUGGUCGCAUCUCCGGUGGAGGAUUAUUUUUUGUACAUUGAUGAGCUUCCAGACCCUGAAAAGGAAGAAGCUGAAGAAAUCACACAACCAGUUCUAGAUGCUCUUGGUGAUGAUUAUUCAGUUACUUGUGAAGGCACUGCAUUCUUUCCUUUGCAGAGUUGCAUGAAUCAUUCCUGCUGUCCUAAUGCAAAAGCUUUCAAAAGAGAAGAGGACAUUGAUGGCCAAGCAACUAUAAUUUCACUGCGGCCCAUUUUCAAGGGAGAAGAGAUUACCAUAUCCUAUAUUGAUGAGGACCUUCCAUAUGAAGAGAGACAGGCAUUGCUUGCAGAUUAUGGUUUCAGGUGUAGUUGCCUCAAGUGCUUGAAAGAAAGGCGACAAUGAACACAUUCCCAAAAUAUAGUACCCCCAGAAGUACUUGUAUCCGCUAAGCGGGCAUCAUGAGAGUUUCAAGCAUAGGCUUUGAAAGAUACUGAUGCUCCUGCGGGGUUCUUAUCUAGUGUAUUUAUUUAUUUAUUUAUUUUUGGCUAUGUUUGAUAAUUUAUGGUGAAUAAUACUGAUGCUUGUGCCUCGCUCAAAGACUUGGUAGAAACCAUAUGCCAUUUUUUGUGAGAAAA